AUGAGGAAGCAAGGAGUAGGGCCCAAGAAACAUGCAAAAGGGCAAGAUUUGUUUGACCAGAUUGUGUAUCACUUGGAUCUUAUUGAAACGGAUUACUUUGGCCUGCAGUUCAUGGAUAUGUCCCAGGUGAUGCACUGGCUGGACCUUUCGAAGCCCAUCAAGAAGCAAAUAAAAAUUGGGCCACCCUAUGUGUUGCAGUUUCGGAUCAAGUACUAUUCAUCAGAACCAAACAAUCUCCACGAGGAAUUCACAAGGUACCUGUUUGUAUUGCAGCUAAGGCAGGACAUUCUUUCAGGAAAAUUGAAAUGCCCUUACGAAACCGCGGUGGAACUUGCAGCCUUGUGCCUCCAAGCUGAGCUUGGCGAGUGUGAACAUCCAGAACACACUCCGGAACUCGUCUCAGAGUUCAGAUUUACUCCGAACCAAACGGAAGCAAUGGAAUUUGAGAUUUUUCAAAAGUGGAAAGAAUUCAGGGGAAAGAGCCCCGUGCAGGCUGAAAUGUGCUACUUGAACAAAGCCAAAUGGCUCGAGAUGUACGGGGUAGAUAUGCACGUUGUUAAGGGAAGAGACGGUUGUGAGUAUGCCCUCGGGUUGACGCCGACGGGUAUCCUGAUCUUUGAAGGCGCAAACAAGAUAGGCUUAUUUUUUUGGCCUAAAAUCACCAAAAUGGACUUCAAAAAGAGCAAGCUGACGCUCGUGGUGGUGGAAGACGAUGACCAGGGUAGAGAGCAAGAACACACUUUCGUUUUCCGAUUAGACAGUGCUAAAACAUGCAAGCACCUAUGGAAAUGUGCGGUGGAACACCAUGCCUUCUUCCGGUUGCGCACGCCGACAAACACUAAAUCCAGCCGGUCAGAUUUUAUCCGGCUCGGUUCCCGCUUCAGAUUCAGUGGAAGAACAGAGUACCAGGCAACGCAUGGAUCCAGGUUACGCAGAACCAGCACAUUUGAACGGAGGCCGAGCAAGCGGUACCCCUCAAGAAGGCACUCGACUUUCAAAGCCAACAACCCUAUGAAAUUAUCUCCUCAUUGUGCUAAAAACAAUCCUGAAGUCCAUAACUAUCAGCCCCUGUACCACACAAAUAUGCACCUGAGCCAGUCACACUGGCACCCCCACCCACCUGUGAAUGUAAGGCCACCCUAUCACGAUGACAGUCUGUACUGGAAGCCCAGUGGCGAGGACAGCAGUUUACGGUAUAUCCAGGAACAGAACCAGAAGAACCUGGGUGGGCUCCAGAGUCUGUUGUACCAGGAUAAGCUCAUGACAAGCGCCAAGCAGGGAGCUCCCCUGGGCCUUCUCACCGACAUGCUCUUGUCUGUCUGCUACCCUUUGAACAACACUGAACUUCACCCAUUUAACACAGAAGAAAAUGGCGGAAUGCCCUUCACGGCCAAAAUGUCUGGGAGGCAUCACCCCCACCACCACCACCACCAUCACCACCACCACCCACACUCCGGUUACGGAGGACUUGCCCCUCCAGACAGCAGCAAGGAUGUGGUGGCUGCUGUUCCAAGCCCAAAUAGAGUCCCUCGCCUUUACGAUGAUGCUUCUGUCCAUCUGAAGAAGGUGGAAGCGGAGACGGGGAAAGCGGUUGGGCCAUGGCCAGCGCUGCACAUCAACAUGAACAAGCAGGGUGAAGAUAAGAAGGGUCUAGAGAAGAGCCUGCACCCUCCUCCAGAGUCGCCUUACACAGCACCGGAUCAUUUGAAGUGUAACAUUCUCAAAGCUCAAGUGGAGGCUGCCUUCCGAGUGGGUGUUCAG